CACACGCACUAUAAGUAUUAUCGCAAAGUAGUCGAGCUAUUUCAUGUCCAGUCACAUUCUUAUCCUUUAACACUAAAGUUUUCUUUGUUACUUCUUCUUGAUCAAGAUAUAUUUCCAUCUUUUUUAGCAAACCUUGGUUACACUUAUAGCUAGUUUUAGUGUGGUGAUAAUGGAUAACGUAAUCGCCAUGCAAGAGACCCGAUAUAACAACGGAUUAAGUACCUACAAGAAGCCAUUUCUUCAAUUUUUUGAUCGGCUUUCGUUUUCUAUUCUUGUAGUUGUUUUUUGCGUUAUAGUAUUUUUUAGCCCGCUUUGGCUUCAAGUUGUUAACAGUUUCUUGCUCACCAUCCCUAGAGUUAUUACAUACUACAUCUUAAACCCUAAGGUUUUAUUCAUUCUGACAAAUGUCAUUGUGAUCACCCUCAUCGGAGAAUCAAGGAUGUCUAGUUCAAGAUCUUCUCUUCCAGCUAGCGAGUUAUGCAAAGAAUUCAGUGUGAGAAGCCAAUUUUGUGACUCGUGGUCUCAUGGGAACGUGAGGGUAGAAAUGGGAUGUCACAGAUUUUCGAAAGAGAAUAUUCAUCGACCGAGGCUCGACGAGGGUAAGAGAUGGAAGCUUAGUCCGUUGCACAAUAUGGAUCCAUUGAACCAGAGGGCUGAUGAUCUGAUCGCUCGUGUGAACAGACAGAGGAGGCUUGAAAUUGGGCUUUUACAUCAUAGGCGGUAGCCGUAUAUCAUAUGUUUUCUUGUAGAUAGUAAUACAUGGCCAAAUGAGGAGAAAAAGCAUUUUGUGUUACCAAGAAACCAAUUAAUAUAAUAACAAAUGCAAACUUUUUGACAAUUAAAAUAACCAAACGCAGUUAUAAUUUUUACGAGGUACCUAGCUAUAGGAUUCAUUGGUAUUGUAUUGGUAUGCAGAGUAAUGAUUGUGGUUGUGCGAAUGAAUAUGAUUUGUGAGACUACAUAAGUACCUGUUGAAAAGUAAAAGGUUCGAACAUGAUUAAGACUAGAGAGGCAGAUGUUUUAAUAGUGGUGUGGGUGCAAGUGCUCCAUAAAAUUUUGUAAACCUUUUUUAAAAAUGUGAUUUGAGGACUAAAUGAAAGAAUUGGUUAGAAGUAAGUCUUUUUGCUCCAAAUGUUUUAAUUUGAAUUUUGCUCAAAGUUAAAGGGUCUGAAUAGUGACAGUAUAUUUUAUUGUAUGGGACAAACGUUUUUAUAGUAUGCUACGAUUCAACUACGAUUUAUAAGGAAAAAAUAUAUUUGCAGGACAAGUGAAGUAAAACAAGAGGUACAAAAUAAUAUUCGAUUGGUGAAAAAAAUAAUUGCAAUUAGUUUUAAAAUAAACAAUACAAAAUAAUAAAUAAUUAGUAUGCAUUGAGAUUUUGUGAAAUGUAUAACACUAGAUUGAUUACCUUAUGCGGUCAAGAAAAAAGAA